AUGGUCGCCAUUCAGAUUCAGUUUCUGGUGGACACUUUCUCGGAGAAUAAUAAACAGCAGCGGUACCUUAAUUUGAGCAGCUUUCACCUGCUGGGCCACUCGCUGGGCGCCCACGUUUCUGGCUACGCGGGAAAGCGCCUUUCCGGUCGGCUGGGCCAGAUAACGGGGCUCGAUCCGGCGGGGCCGCUCUUCGAAGGCCUGCAGCCGGAGGCGAGGCUCUGGCGGACGGACGCCACCUUCGUCGACGUCCUCCACACUGACGCCCUCUUCGAGGGCAGCAUCGAGCCGGUGGGCACGGUGGACUUCUACCCGAACGGGGGCGUCCGCCAGCCGGGAUGCAUCCGCCUGGAGGGACUUCUAAAUGCCUACCACU